GGCACUUGCCACUGGGGCCGUCAUUUGGAGUUGCUGUUGGAGUAGGGCUGUGUGUUAUUAAAGCAACUCCGAAACGUUGCAAUAAUGUAGACAUACAUAAGUCUACAAGCACCAGAUGAAGUGCGUCCGUCCUUUCUGCAGUGGACAAAGGACGCCUCUGGAUUUAGCGUGAGACAAGAGCGGACGUUGUCAUCUGUUGUAUGGUAAAUUUGGGAAGAUGUGGCAAAGCGUCGGACUCACAGUGCUGGUUAUUAUUGCCACACUAAUAUGCGCCCUGCUCUUCAUGGUGUUUGGAUGGUAUGUGGUUUGGCAGCUCUUCCUAUCCAAGUUCAAGUUCCUGCGAGAACUCGUCGGUGACACAGGCUCCCCGCAGGCUGAGACAGAACCUUCGGAGUCAGAGAGUGAGCGUAGCUCCCCACCCACACCCCGUCACAAACACAAACCCCGCCAGAGAGUUGUUGCUCAGGAUGCCACCUCAUAGACCCCCCAUCCUCAGCUCGUCACCAGCCAGUGCUUCCCUCCGCCGAACAGAUAGCCCACUCUGCUGGACGCAAGCCAUCUUCUAACUGUUCAACUUUACCCUUUGUGCAUAUGCGACCCUCCCCUUAGACCACGGCCGCCAUCUUGUACCCAAGUUCCACAGUGUGCCAUCGGGGCCCCAGUGGUCUGUCUGUGUGUUGUCUCCUGGUCCUCCAUUUCGCUAUGUUUGGCAGAGUUGUUGAAUGUCAAAAGGGAAAACACCAUCUGGUGAGUCAUGGCAUGGAUAGAGACCACAACACACCUUGUUUUGUUUGACAUUUAUCUGUACAGGUGUGUCGUCCUCUGACCCCCUCGAAAAAGAAAAACAGCCAUAUGGCAGUUUUUUAUUCCUUCUGUGUCAUUGGAAACAUUGUUUUGUAUGUUUUUAAUCAUACUAACCAGAAAAUAUCAAAAACUGCCCAACUGACCACCAUGGACACUCUAUCGGCAUAUAAAACCUCCCCGACAAAAUCAAUUUUAAACUGACAACCGAACGUCCUCAGCUUGUAACUGUCAACUCUACUGUUGUAAGUCUUUUUUUUGUGUCUCACAAUUUGGAACUUAAUACAACUUUCUUAAGUGCAAUGAUGGAUCUAAAAAUGAUGGAUAUCUUCUGUCAAUGGUCAAAAAGACGCAAAAAACCCCCCCACACAUGUAUCACUACGGUUCAGCACCCUUGUUUGACCAGUGGGAAUGGAACACCGUUCAUUUGAAACAAUAAUGUCCAACUGUUAACUGGGAAACUGACAGUAAUCGAUCACUAUGCUGUGUUGCUGCUUCACCGAUGCUGCACUAAAAGCUGCCAUGGUUCUUUCGUAGUGGCCAUGGCAGUACCUGAGCCCCCCACCCCUGUGCCUCUAAACCAGUGGGCUUUCAGUAGUCACUACUUGAGUGUUUUUGCCCAUGUUCACAGUAAUAGAGUGCUAUGUAAAACUGUCCAUUAAACAUGAUGAGCAUUACCAUUUCAAGUUUAUUUUUUUCUUCUUUUUUUUCUCCCUUCAUAAUAAAUCGGUUUGAUAAAAA